AUGUUUGCCAACCUGCGCCUCGCCCAGGGCAAGUCCAACCACCUGCUCGUGCUGACGGGGUUGCUGCAGCGCGUGUACGCCGGCGCGGGCGGCGACUACGGCGGCGGCGUCGUGCGCGUGGAGCACACCUCCUCGGCCUUCCUGCACGCGCUCUACCCAGGCGAGAUCUGGCGAGAUCGGGGGAGAUCGGGGGAGAUCAGGGUGGCGUACGGGUCAGGCGAGAUCUCCGCGCUGCUCGACAGUCGGACGCGCGAGCUGCUCCGACUCUCGGGCCACAUCGACCGCCAGUUCAACCCAAAGGCACGGCGGGUGCUGGGCGAAGCGAGACGCGCGCGCAUGCCGCGCUGGGACGCCGCCGCCGGCGCUCCGUUUCUCGCGCGGCUGCCGCCGCCCUCGGCUCUCGCGCUGAAGUGGUCGCUGUUCUAUCCGCUCGCAAUCGUGCCCGGCGCCACCGAGGUCGUGUGCAACUACUAG